AUGCCAAAGUCAAAAUGUAAAAAUGCUGCAAAAGAACGUAUAUUUACACAAGGCAGAGAUAAUGAAGGAAGGUUUUCAAAAUCCAUAGACGCAGAAAGUAGUGAUUCAGAAUAUAGUGAUCCUGAACUUUUAAUUUUUGAAUCCGAGAACAAUAAUGAGGAAGAACUUGAUAAUGAGAUAGAACCUAAUAAAGAAGAAGCUAAACGGUUAAUUAAUGAAGACAAUUCUUUUUAUAACUUAAAGUGGGAUAAUAAUGCGGCUGGUGAUCGGUUACCAUAUUAUUCUGGUGGUUCAAAACAUGUUAAGUAUGAAAUGUCAGACUCAAAUACAAGCGAUUUAGACAUAACAAAUGACAAUUCUAUUUCAGAACA